GAGAAACACAAGUGACGGAUACUGAGGGAAAAGAUCAAGAGGGUAGUGACCCUUAAAAUCAGUUCAAGAUGGAGCGACUAAAAUCAAGUACUUAAGGAGCUUUUUGAUUAAAGGCUCUUGACCAGGGCAGAGAUAACAGAGGACUGUAGCUUUACAGGACUGCAACAAGUGGACCUUUUUUAUUUCACCUUUUCAUCCUGAUAGUUACCUCAUGUUUGCCCUGAAGUGCUACAAGGGACAAGGGAAAUAUCUUUGGUAGGGUCUGGGGGCUUACAGGCAGAUAUUGCAUGAGAGAGAGAGAGCAGACAUGGUCAGGAUGCACUUCACACUAAAACACACCUAACACCAACAGAUAAAAGAAGAUUAUCAGGGAUUACUAGCAAAACAUUCAUUUAGAUCUGUGGUUUAUCCAUAAUUUCAUCAAAAGAAAAGUAAUCUCUUCUUCCACUGAGUGUCCCACAGUGGAGUUAAUCAUGAGAGGCAGGGUCAGGCCUGAGUGUGUUAAUCAGGAGGAGGGGAGAUAUUAGCUGGGGUCACCGGAUAGCACUAGCAUUAUUAUUAUUCUUUCAUAAGCCCUUCUUAAGCCCUUCUUAUCAACACAUUUAAAUGUCACCAUCUGAAGACCCUGUUUUUAGCCUUUUUAGUUUCAUUUAAACAUUUAAUCUUACUUUCUUGCCAGGAGAUGGAUUGGGUUUAAGGAUAUCCUCCAUCUCCUUAGAUAUACACAUUUUAGUGAUAAAUCCAAGCAUUUUGUAUAACUCUUUUGUAACUGUUGCAUUGAUCUUUAAAGUGAGCACAAAGGGGUCUGAGGUCAGGGGAUGUAUGGCCAUCAUUCACCACAGGGAUCAAUAGCAGGAUAUCACAUUAAAUCUUUCUGUCCAGCAUACCGUGGAGUCCUUGCAUUUCUCCCGGACUGAACCUACGUCCACCUAAAUCCCCUCUUGUUCAUUUUCCGUUCCAUCUGUCCUUUCCCACGUGUAUCAACUUCAGAGCAUCUUAUCCGGCUCCCCCCCCCCUCGCUAUCCUAUCUUUUAAUCAAUCUGUCUUUAAAGUAUCGCUUUGUCAGCUGUGUUUGGUCAUCUUUUGUUUAAACAGUUACAUCACAUUAAUUGUUUUCUCUCCAUCUAAACCUGGAAGCUCAUCACCUCUUUAAACCAUCCCAAAACAUCUGCCCUCCCAGCACCAUCUGUGACUGCAGUUAUACCCUCUGCCCUGUUCGUCCUAUUUCCACGUGCAGCAUCUCCCCCCUCUUUGCCUCACUUUGUCCCCCCUCUCUCGCUGGCCUCGCCCUGCCUCCCUCUUCUCCUGCGUGGCCAUGCUGGAGCGAAUGUCCCGUCGCUCUCGCUCCCUGCUCUCCCUGACCUUGACCUCUCUGGCUCUGGCCCUCUCCAUCCUGGCCCUCUGCACCUCUUACUGGUGCGAGGGCACCCACAAGGUGGUGAAGCCUCUCUGCCUGUCGCCAGUCAAAAUGAAGAACUGUGGUCAGAACAACAGCGAGCCUUACACCACAGAGAGUCCCACUCAGAACCCGUACAACCGCACCCUGUCUCCGGGCCGGAGGGACGAGCUGGCUCGGAUCAGACAGCGACAGAUGGCUAAUGCAGUUCAGUACAUCUGGGAGACAGGAGAAGACAAGUUUGCUUUCAGAUACUUCCACACUGGUUUCUGGGAGAGCUGCGAGACACACAACGAUGGGGAGAAAUGUCGAAGCUUUAUAGAUUUAACGCCUGGGGAAACACAAGGUGUGCUCUGGCUGUCAGUUAUUUCAGAGUUUACAUACAUCGGUCUGCUGGGGAUGGGCUUCUUACUGAUGUGGCUGGAAGUCUUGUGUUCCCAUAAAGAGAUGCACUCGCUAAAAAUCAAUGCCUAUGCAGCUAUCUGUACUGUGUUAUCAGGUCUUCUUGGGAUGGUGGCCCACAUGAUGUUCACCACCGUGUUCCAGAUGACAGUCAUCGUUGGCCCCAAAGACUGGAGGCCUCAGUCCUGGGACUAUGGCUGGUCUUUCGCUCUUGCCUGGGUGUCCUUCAGUUGCUGUAUGGGGGCCGCGGUGGUCACACUCAACUCUUACACAAAGACCAUCAUCGAGCUCCGCCGCAGACAGAGGCUCCGAUUGGAGGAAGCGAGAGCCGCCACUCAUGCUCCUUCCUACGAUGAGGUCGUUCCCGGGGGCGGGCUAUACUCUGUCAGCGGCCUGUUGCAGUGUCCGGACGGCAUGAUUGACGUGGCGUGGGCCCCGAAUGGCAGCGUGGUUGGAAUGGGAAAUGGAGACGUACCAACACUGGUCUUAGUAGGAGGCUGCGGGCCAGAAGGGUGUGAAGACUGUGAGAGAGAGAUGGAUGAGAUGGAUGAUGCUAUGGACCGAGUGGAUUCCCCUUGUUAGUGGAUCUUUGAUUUCCAUCAAUUUAUAAGAGCCGAAAAACAAAAAAAGGAAAGAGACUUUCACCGAGCUUGAAAGGGAUGAAUGUGAGCAAACAGAUUCAGUUUUUCUUUUCUUCUUCUUCCAUUUUCCAGUGAGGUUGGGACACACAUUUUGCGUUUGAAGGCCGGGGAAAUCUAUGCAUAAUGAAACUGUAAAGACUACAACUGUGUGUCACACUGACAUGCAAGAUUGUUUCUGGGUUUUUCUCAGUGCCUCAUGGUAGAAAAGUAAAUGUGUGUCUGUAUUUGCAAAGGCAUAUACAUGUUUAUAUUGUUUUAUUGGUUAUUUAUCAACUCGCAAUGUAUCAGGUGUAGACAGGACAGAUUUCUUCUCCUGUUGAAAAGAUCAUCCUGUAAUUCAUAGUAAAUAUACAAUAUAAUCUCAUUUAUCUGAGUGGGACAUUCAACAUGUUUCCUUUUUCAAUCUCCUCUGUCUCUUGUGACAAACUUUAGAUGUAAUGGACGCAUACCAGAAGCUACAUCAAACACAGUUUCUCUGCAGAUGCACAGACAAAUACAUACGAUAGACACAUAGCGAUAGAAAGAUUACAGAGCUUUUGAAAAGUCUGCUCUCUGAUGUUGAACAGAAGAUUAUGUGUAAACCAGUAAUCCCGAGUUGGAUGGAAAGGAGGAGGGAAGCAUGUGAAGGGAUGGAGAGGUGGAGGGGGAGCAGGUUGUCGGGGGGAGUUGGAAAGAAAUGCAGGCUGGCACACACCCGCACACAAAAUUCUGCACCAUGGAAACAUCACACUUUCAGGGAAAUAAUUGUGUUGAAUGUACAUUUAUACAGGCAACAAUUUCUAAAUAAAUGCAUCAAUAUGUUCCUUAGUCGGUUUAACGUGUGGUACAGCACUGGCUUUACUGUCUGGGAUCAACAAAAUUGAGAAUUUAAAGCCAUUUUUUUAUAGCAUAUUAUGCAGUGUGUUUCUAGGUCAAUGAAGAAUUUACUGUUUACUGGGGGAGACAAAUAACUCGAUUUUUAAGCACAGAUUUAUGAGAAAACCUUUAAUGUAUUUAUUGUACAGUGAAUUCAGUACAACACGUUAGAGCUACAACCUUUUGUAGACAUUUCCAGUUCUGUAAAAAAAACUUGAAUAAGCUACCUAUCGAGUAUGAUACUUAUGAAUUGUUUAUUAUUAUACAAAAGAAGUAGCAAGAAAGCUUAUUUUUUACCUGUGCAGAAAUGUUAAACGCUACGCCUUAAUUGGCCUCUUUUAGCUUCAAUAUUAUAUCAAUUAAAGGACAAACAUUAGCAAAACAAUCUGACAUAAACAAAACUUACUGAAACAUUAGUUGCAACCAAUAUUUAGCAGGAAGAGCAUUUACACAGAGGGGUGGAGUGGAUCCAAGAGCAAGGAGGAAAAGAGUUUGAAAGACUUUAACGAGAGGGAAUUAAAUGGUUAUGACUUUAUUCCUUCGGUGGCUCAUAGUGGAUAAGACGCAUUGCAUUCUCAUUUUCAAUCACCCCCUUGAUGAAUUCUCCCUCAGCCAGUCGCUCUGUGAGGGGGAAAAGAAAGCAGGAGAAAAUGGUAAAAAAGAUUAUACAUUAAGGAGUUAGGGGUAAAGAUGAGGUUGAAUUAUACAUCUGUAUCUUAUCUAAGAAAUCCUGAUUAUCUCCUGUGUGUGUGUGUGUGUGUGUGUGUGUGUGUGUGUGUGUGUGUGUGUGUGUGUGUGUGUGUGUGUGUGUGUGUGUGUGUGUGUGUGUGUGUGUGUGUGUGUGUGUGUGUGUGUGUGUGUGUGUGUGUGUGUGUGUGUGUGUGUGUGUGUGUGUGUGUACGCAUGCAUGUAUGACAGUAGCAUGCAAGGCAGUGGAGUCAAUUUAAGGUUAAUGCUAGCAUAGUAAAGCUUGCAUGACACAUGUGAUGCUGUAACUGGGGGGGGGGGAAGUGCCCUCAGGUGGAUGUACUGCUUGUAUUAUUGUUAAGCCAAACAUCUGUAAUCUUCAGUACCGGAUGUAAGAACAGUUGUUGAGGAAAGGUACUAAGAGCUUACACUGAGUUCAUCUUUUGCUAACAUACACAGGCCGGGGUAAGAACAGAUGUCAUGAACCACGGGGGCACAAUGCAUAGACACGUUUGUUGUUUUCUUUACCGUUGUCUUUCUUUUCGAAGUAAGCCCACAGCUUGUUGGCUCUCUUCUCUGGUGUGUUCUCAUCCUCUGGUAGCUUGGCCUGCUCCUCCUUGGGGAUCAGCUUAAAUAUGGCCUGAGAGGGGGUUGGGUAAAAGAUUGGUGAUAAUGCUGCCUCAUUUCUCUCAAACAAAUAAUGUACGGAAGUCCACACAGAAAAUAAAACAAACAUGUGCAAGCCAAUUAUGUGGCAGCUGCAGCUGAAAAAGCAAUCCUGGAGACCCAUGUAGGAUAUUUUAUACACGAUAAAUUAAACUACCUAAAGCAGGAGUGUAAUUCCUCAGGGAAAUGCCACCUAGAUUCCCGCAGAUUGUAAAUAACUUGUAAAUGACUGUGCAUUUUAUGUUCAGGUCUUUAAGUGUGUCCCAUUUAAAGGCCUUGAAGCACUUGAAGCACUCAUCUCCCACAUUUAAGAGACUUAGAUUAACAUGGAUUAGUGCCAAGACUCAGGCCACAGGCCAAACACCAUGAUGACAUCUCUUCUCUCGCUGUACUGUCCCUCCAUUUUACAGAAUAGUUCACAAAGUGGGCUCACAGAUGACAAUCAGUUACUGGUCACUUAUAGAUAAUUCAAUCAGAUCUGUAUCAAGUAGCAUACUUUCAAUCAAGGUAGAGAAAAACAAUUUAAAAGGGACAGUUUGAAUAAAUUGGCAUUAUAAUUUGGAGUCAUUUACAUACACAAGAACAGACUUUGAUUGUGUUGAUGGGGAAAAAUACCUACGAUUUGGCAGAUUUGCCCUUUGCCUCUGAAUAUUUCUGACAUUGCCUUAAAAAUACAAUGUAUUUUGACUCUCUCCUAAAAUAAUCUAUGAUAUUAGUGUAGUAUAGUAGACUAAACCAAAUAAAAUGAGUGACAAAUCCUGCCUUCCUCACUCACUUGUUUCACACUUUAAACCUACCAAUGAAAACAAAUAUCAAUGGAUUAUCUUUCUGUAAUAGUAUUGUUAUUUUCUAAGCAUGUUGCAGAUCUGUUUAUUGCGAACCUCUUCACAACGUAUAUAAUUCUAUUGUAGGCCGUUGAACUUUUGUCAGUGUUGGUAUAAAACGUAGCUUGUUGGUGCAGUGGUUGUAAACGUGAUGCAAUUGGAGUCUGACCAGUUGGCCAGGAUUUAAAUCACAUUAUUAUUGCCAACUGGAUACUCGUCUGAUCUGUUUAAACCUCUUACCAUACUAAAACAUUUAUCUUAAGGUAAGAAACUUAAUCAUCAUAAGACUGAGUUUUGAAUUUAUGAAAACAAAGGGUAACAACUAUUUUACUGUAAUUAUUAUAUAUAAAUAAAUCAAACAGUUCAAAGUGGCAACCUCAUGAAUCAAAGGAACGUGGAUUAGACCCAGGGGUGACGAGCAGUCCCUCUUUAGGAAAAGCAAUACAUGAGUACGGUAGUCUUGUUUAAGAAUAGGAUUGCCUUCAUAAUCACAGAGAUUAUCAGGCUCAAAUAGACACUCUAAAUGGGCUGGCAAUUAGUACUGAGACCUACAUACUAUAAAAAGGAAGGUAAUUUUCCAAAAAAUAGCAAUUCAUAUUAUAGGAUCUACCAGGAAUACUUGACAAUAAGACGCAACCAAAUAUACAUUUCCAAAACGUUUUAAAUAAAAUGACCAGAGUUAAAAAAUACGCCUCACCAGCAUAAAAGUUAAAGAGAACUAAACAUUGUAAACUUAAAAGGUAGUAUAGACCACAGGAUUAUUGUAUUAGAUUGUAUGUCAAGUAAUCCUCUUGUUUGGUCUUUCUGUUGUCGCUGACAACUGAAUAAGACAUUUCCCUGAAGACCUUGUGCAACGAAACAGCUUAAAUGUCUGAUAUCAUUCUCUUGUAGCAGCAAUAAAGGUGAACAUUAUGGUCAAAUUAAAUAACAUUUCUCUCUUUAGCACUCCUUGUCAACAUAGUUGGAACUACUCUCCAACAGAUGAGAUGAAUAUUUAGAAAAGGCAACAUCCCACUGCAUGUUCCCCCUCACCUGGCAGAUCUCUGUCACUUCUGUCUUGUUGAUGUAUCCGUUCUUGUCCACGUCAAACAGCGAGAAGGCCCACUCCAGUUUCCUGGCCGGCUCCCCAGUGGAAGUCAUGUGCAGUGCGAUGAUGUACUCCUUGAAGUCCAAGGUGCCAUCGUCGUUUGUGUCAAAGGAGCGAAACACAUGUCGUGCGUAGCUCUUUGCAUCGCUGUCAGGGAAGAAGCGGGCGUAGAUCUGCUCAAACUCUUCUGGUGUAAUGCGUCCUGUCGGGCACUGCGUCUGAAAGUUCUCGUACCACUGGGAGAUCUCAUCCUCAGUGAAGUGUGUGGUGAGCUUCAGGUCCUUCAGGAUCUCCUUCGAUAAUGCGCUACUGGUUGAAUUUCCCAUGGUAGUUUUUCAGGGUCAGUUCUCACUGACAAAUAUUUGCCACUGGAGUUUUAUUUCUCCUGUGCCACUUGGACUUCUCCUUUGUUUCAACUAUUUCUCCUCUGGCUUGACCUCUGCUGUUGAUGUUAGAGGCCAAAGAGAACAGAGAAAAAAAAACCGCAUAUGGUAAAGUCCACUAAUGAAAUUAGUUUAAUAGAUUAAACUUCCGUAUCAAUAAAUAGCAUAGUGAGGAUUGUAGGGAAAGCUCACCUGUGUGUUGUUUCGGCAGAUGAUGGCUGAAGAUUUGAGUAUCUCAACAAGUAAGACAGUAAGAGAUAAGGAGGGCAGGGGGAACGCACGCCUCCCAUGGGCGAGAGGGUUAAUUCUGUUAAUGCAGGAUUUAAGGUGGCUGAGCCAUACUUUUCUUUAUUGGGUCUCUUAGUCUAGAAAGAUCUACAGUAUAUGAGAUUGUUGAGUUUAAUCCUUUGUUUAUUAUUUAUGAAUAUUAUGAUUUCUGAGGUAUGCCUCCCGUCUAAGAAGUUUAUGGUUUUACUUUACUUAGAUACUAAUCUUUAUUUAUUUUAAGCAUUUCACUGUUUCAUUGUGCUUACAACCCUUUUGAUGAAUUGAGAAGUAUUUAAGAAGCUAGAAACUUAAACAUUACUUCUAUAAACUGACCAGAAAAUUAGCAGACAUGUUGAAAAUUCGCUCCAGGUGUUUGUUUGUUUUUUAAAGCUAGCAUUAGUUCAUUCACUGUAUGUCUGCUUUUUUCUGUAGUGGCCUUUCAAUGGGUUUAGUUGACUACUGAAACCUAAUCCAGACUACCAUCUGUCCAGGCAGUUUAACUCCCCCUCACUUUAAAUCCCACCUACGCCCCUCACAUCCACAUCACUAAAGGCAUUGUAAAUUACCUCCAUCCAAGCGUCAGGGAUGACCUAUAAAAUGCAUUUUUGUCUCUAACCUGGGUUUUACUGGGCAGAUUGUUUAAAAGUUGUGCCUGCCUUUUCUUAAUACAAAAGUGUAAUAUACUGCA